UGAAUUCCCUAUUUAAACAUAACUUUCCCCGUAGGUCUCUCGCAGAGAGAGAGAGAGAGAGAGGAUGGUGUCAAGGGAGCACCAGAGAUCAUCAGCAUCAGCACUGCAUGAGAAGCUUCAGCUCCUUCGUUCUGUUACUCACUCUCAUGCAGCAAACAAGACUUCAAUCCUAGUGGAUGCAUCGAAGUACAUCGAAGAGUUGAAACAAAAAGUGGAAAGAUUAAAUCAAGAUAUGGAAGAAUUUGCAGAGAGUUCUAGCGAACAAUCGUCGUUGCCCAUGGUAACGGUAGAAACCCUAGAGAAAGGCUUCCUGAUCAACGUAUUCUCGGAUAAGAGCUGCCCAGGUCUACUUGUAUCGAUACUCGAAGCCUUUGAAGAGCUCAAUCUUAAUGUUCUUGAGGCUAGGGUUUCUUGUACGGAGAGCUUUCGGCUGCAAGCAGUUGGAGGAGAAAGCGAAGAUCAACAAGGGGAAACGAUUGGUGCUCAAGUGGUCAAGCAAGCAGUGGUCCAAUCCAUCAAGAAAUGGAGCGAGGGCAAUGAUAAUUGAUCAAACAGAAAGCCUUGUUCAGUAUACAUAUGAUCAUCAUCAUCAAUCUCCAAGUUUUAUAUAUAUAUAUAAAUAUAAUAGCAUAAUAUAUAUAUAAAUUUCUUGAUUAUUAUUUGUUUUUCGAUUUAUUAUAAUCAAUUAGGGGUUGAGUUGGCAACGUUACUAAACUGUGAUGUCGCCAAAUGUUGUUUUUGGGAAUUGUUUUCUUGGGAAUUGUUUUCUUGGAAAUUCGGAAAAUGUAAGCAGAUGCUGCUUCGUAGUAGGAAGGAAAAAGGGUUAGAUUUUGUGUUUUUGUUUCAAAGCCGAGCAUUAAUCCCAAAUAGCGCUUCUGCAUUCGAAUCAA